GAUGCAUGACUAGAUAACUUUUAAAGAGUCUAUUUUAAGCUAGCCCAAGGCUUCCCUUUAAGGGAGGCCAAGAGUCGUCAGAUUACGAACGGCAUUUUGGCGCCCAAGACGCGGGGCCCCGAAAAGAGCCCAUACGCAGUAACGAUUAGAGACAAGCAGCCGUGACAUCGUGUGGCGAAGAAGACAAUCCUCUUCAAGGAACGUUUCCUUUUAGAAAGCCUCAAUCAACUGGACACAGUCCCACUUGAGGAGAAAACGAGAGACUAACGUGGCGACACCCUUCACGCAGAAACAGAUAAGAAUAUAUUUUACUCCUUCUUGACUCAUUCAUCAUGGGUGGUAAAAAUACCAAGACUUGCAAAAAUGAAGUAGACCCAGUACAGCUCCUUAUUGAAAAAGGGGUUGGCACUUAUGCUGAACUUACUCAGUGUAUGGCUAGGUGGCAUAAACUGACAGCUAAGGCUGAUAAACAAUGGCCCCUUGCAGGGACUUUUGACACAGAGCUGUGCAACAUGAUACAUGCCUUAGAGCAAGAAUCCUAUGUAUGGAAUAGCCGACAGAGAAUUAAGCAGCAGCGUAGGCUGAUUUUGCUGAGAGCAUUUAUGGACCAUGGCCCUAAGCCAACUAAUGCCCCGGCAAGCCCUACCAGUCCCAUUCCAAUUCCAGAGAGACCUCCACCAUAUGCCUCUGAACGCACACCGACUACAGGGAUUUACCCUGCAAUGGAACUGGGCUGGCCGGAUGCUUCAAUUGAAUUAAAAGGAACCCUGAGUUUUGAGAGAACAUCAGAUGAAACAAGUGACCCACCAACUACCACACCUGCGACCACACAAGAAGCUGGAGAAGGUUGCAGUAAAUACACACCCAGAACGCUAGCACCAACCUGGACAAGACCAAGCCCCGCCCAAGCCAUACCCACUGCAGGUGGCCCCUCGAUGCACGAGGAACAGAUGAGUGGUGAGACCACACCAAAGAGCAACUAUGAAAGCAGCAUGCACGAGCCCUCUGUUAGAGCCAAAGAACCAAGAUCACGCACCCCAGCUGAUGAAGAACAUCCUUCAGAUAUAGAAGACCAAUGUCCUCAAGUGCGAUUCCUAACAGCUCCAUUACAGCGGAGGGUUACUGGCGUAUUGGAAAUAGAGCCUGAAGCGAGCGCCAGACAGCGACGAGACAACUUUGAGGACACAUAUAACAAAACGGAGAAGGCUAUAGAAGAAGAACUCAAAAAACUAAUUAAUAAAGGUGUCCCAAAGAACUCAACAACCUCACACGUUGCACACGGUCUGCGUAGAAGCCGAUCUAUUGAGCUUCAAAGUCCAGUAAUGCAGGAUGAACUUGCUGACUCAGAUUUCCCUCGCACGGACUCUGAAGAGGAUGAGGACCUAAUUGGCUGGACAGCGACUCUUGACCGAACACCAACCCAAGGUCCAAGACGCUCUGAACGUAUAAGACAGAGACUGAGGUCCCACCAGCUUAGACCGUCCAAGUCAUCCCAUUUCUUCCCCAUCAUUGCCCAGGCCCAGGGUAGUAGUUCAUAUGUGCCCUGGUCCUUUAUGGACUUGAAAGGCCUGGUUGAGCAAUUACCCAACAUAACCACAGGAGGACAGAAGUGGAUCACUGCUUUUGAAGAUAAGACAUCAGGCUACACUAUAGCCAUUGGAGAUAUAAAGGCUAUCCUGUCACACUCCGUUGGAAAAACCAAAAUGGAGGACAUAUUUUCACUGGCCAAGUACAGAAACCUGGCAACAAAACAAUGCUUUGAAGACAUACCUUUCAACGCCUACCGAAACAAAAUCUGGGAUGCCAUUCGUGAAGAAUUCCCAACUGACAUGGAUCCAAGUCAACUGGAUUCACUUGAACUGAAACCUGACACCCCUGCCAUUGAAUACAUCACCAAUUUUCAAAAGAAAUGGCUAGAAGAAACGGGUACUGCUUGGAACUCCUCCAACCAGUGUCUGUUUAAGAUGAUGCUGAGAAAGAGCUUGCCCAAGGAAGUGCAAGAUGCACUUGAUGAGGUCGUGGGUCUAAAUAAUAUGGAUUGGAACAUGUUUAAAGAUCACAUCGUCCAUCAUGCGGAGCGAUACAAGAAAAAGAAGGCUCAGAAUAAAGAAGAGUUGGAGAAAAUAGCCUUGCAGCUACAAAGAGCACAGCUGACAGAGUUGAAAAAGAAAGAUAAGAAACUAGCUGACCUCAUGGCAGUGGUGGCCUCUGAUAAACCCAAAGCACCAAGUGCGACUGACCAGAUUUUGCCUGUACUGACCACGCAAGCACCUGUACAACAACCAAUGCAAAACCCACAGGGGAUGCAGCCACAACAAGUUGUUCCUGCACCGCAGACGUUUCCUGCACCUACAACUCCAAUGAUGCCGAUCAAUGCAAUGCCACAAAACCAAAGCAUGCAGCCCAAUGCUGUCCCGAUUGCCAACCCCAAUCUUAACCCACUCCAACAACCUGUGCCACCUGUUAAUGUUUAUGUUAACACAGGAUCGGGAAACAGGGGAGGACUCAGAGGAAGAGGAAGAGGUAGAGGCCGUGGGAUGCCAAGGCCUAAUAACAACCCAUUCCGCAUGCCUAAUGCGCAGACCCUGGAUCAAUUAGACACAUUUGACAUUUCAGGCCAAAAAUUCCAACAAGGUCAAGGAUACCAGCAAGGUCAAACCUACCUACAAGGCCAAGGCUAUCGACAGGCUGGAGCUUCUCCUGUUUGUUACACAUGUCACCAACCUGGCCAUUACUCAAGAAACUGUCCGAAUGCUGGAUGGUUCUGAAGAUGCCCGGAAAGCCUUGAGGGGGAGAAUAUUCAAUUGGCAGUAUCAAAUUCAUCUAGCAGUGACCCAAAAGUACAGGUUAAAAUUAAUGGUGAGAAAAACAUAUUGUUCUUAAUUGAUACAGGAGCCACCCACUCCGUAAUUGGUCCAGAAGGAGUAAAUCUUCCCCUGUCCUCUCAUCAACUAAGGGCACAAGGCUUUUCAGGGAAAACACAAACAUUAAGAUUUACAGAACCUGUACACUUAACCAUAAAUGAGCAAACUGUGGUAGCUCCCCUAUUAUAUUCAGAAGCAUGCCCAGCUAAUCUCCUAGGUAGAGAUAUACUAUGUAAAUUGAGGGCAGAUAUCAGAUGUUCACCCACUGGAUUGUGUAUAGACUUCCCAACCCCAGUAUACCAAAUGUACAUAAAAGCAAAAGAGGGAAGACCUAUCAAAGACUUGCCAACAGUUUAUUGGCUAAGGCUAGUAGAUAGCCUACUCGACAGGCUCUACCACAAGUGGGAGCCUUGGAUCGAGAGCCAUAGACCUGACAUGAAAAAGGUGUCAGAUGAUCUGCACUGUACUCUUUUGUACGAUCAUGAUAACUCACAGACUGAAUAUGAUGCAUGUUGGCAACAGUGCCUACAGGGCAAAUCAAUCACAUUAAGGACAGGAGAUAUGAUCAUAGGUCCCCAAGGAGUCGCUGUAGAAGCUAUUCUGGAUGACAACUUGUUACAAUGGUACAAGGUUGAGAAUUCUGUACCACAUGUGUCUCUUAUGGUUGCUAAAUACAAUCAACCAAUGGACUUAGGUCCGAUGGUGUUGGCUAGCAAAAA